AAUCCAGGCCGAUCGGAUUCGGGGGGGUGCUGCCUCCCCGCCCACUCCCUAGCCGCUACCGGUCAGGCUUUUUCCCGGUGCGCUGCUUUAUCCCGGGAAGCCGUGUGGGCGCGUCAUCGGCUCGUGCCUCCUUUCUUCCGCUUCCGGGUGGUGGCUGCCUUCCUUCAUUUUGCAGUGCGAAGGGGAGGCAGGGUAGGACCCUGCUGAGCUUAGCGCCGCAACGUGGUCGGGAGCGGCUUUGUUCGCCGAGAGGGCAGUCCUGCGGCGGUUCUGCCGAAGCAUAAAAGCGGAGCCCGGGAGUACAAGAUGGAGGGGUGGGCGCAGAGGCUCUUUAGGGGCUGCCCCGUGCGUGCAGCCCGCCCCGCUGGAGCUCCUCUGCAGCCCCCGGGCUCCUGCCGAGCGCUAAGCGGAGCGCGGAAGCUGGCAGCAGCGAGGGACGUGCGGUAAGAGGGAGCGUUUGCGGGGCUAAAGAACAAAAGCAGUGCGUCCCGCAAGUAACAAAUCUGAGCGUAUUCCCUGCUUUGUGGGGAUGGCGUCUGAACGUUUGGUAGUAGUAACAGCCAUCUGUGUUACUUUUGGAAACCAACCCAUCUUGUGACCAAGACAUAGAAGAGUUCUUGUUUUCUGUGAUUUAUGUGUUAUGGUUGAUGAGCAAGGUCGUUCACUGCAUGUGCAACAAUUCAUAGUGGAUAAAGCUUGUUUAAUCUUUGCAAAAUGUGUGUCUUUUAUAUUUUUGUUUCUUUGUCAAACUGAUGUGUUAUGAAGAAGCUCCCUGAGUCUUAUGUAGAAGAGGCUAAGUGGCCCAGUUUGUCACUUCUGAUCUACCAGAAAGAUGCCUGUUGCUUUAAUGUUCUGGAGAUUCAGGAAGGGAAUUAAGUGAAAUUUAAUUAAAAAGGCAAAGAUGCUACCGUGCUGAACUAGAAUUCUCAAUUAAAAAUUAAUAGACACACAUUAGGUUGUGAUGGAAACUUGAUUGUAUUUGGAAUCCCAUGUCUAAUUCCAGCUAUUUCCACAAGGAUAUGGUUAAUAAGAAAAGAGAAGCGAAAUGGAGACAUCACAAUGAAGGGUCAUAAAUCCUUGUGGGGGUAAGCUCCUUCAGGAACAGCAUAACCUCAGCUGCAGUGGAAUCCUCUGUAGUCAAAGAGAUGCCCUUGGUUGGUGGUACUCUGGGCAUACCAGGCUUACAGAGAGAGCAGCGGUGCGAGGAAGCCGAGGCAUGCCUGUUAGAGCAGCAGCAGCAACAUGCGCAAUGUUCCUCUAACAGUAACAAUCCUGUUGCCACGGAGAUAAUGACUUAUCCCAUGUCAUUAUUGAUCUAUCAACAGUAAGAGCAAUUUUGCAGUCUGAUAUUGUUUAGCAAAUAGAGUAAUAUCUGCUGAACACUUAAAAACUGCUAUAAAUGUUGGAAAGUUUCUUCGAAGCCUGAGUAAUGGGUUAAAAGGAAGUACCUGAAUUCAGUUAUUUGUUGCAGUGUUGUGAGAUUGGCUUUGUGAGGUAAUUCUAAGCUUGGCAGGAAGCAUUUUAAAGGAAAUGAUUAGUUUGGUCAAAUGUUUUUGUAUUUUAAAGUAUGCAGCACUCUUUAGUAGAUAAAUUCUUUUCACUGCUGGUAAGAUUUAAAACAACUAGCCCACUACAAUUUUUUAUAGCAACACAAUUAAAAAUAUUUGCAGUCUUGUCCAGUGUACUUUUAGACUAAACUGAAACUACUUAUAUUUUAUUUUCCAGACAAUGAUUUAAAUCACCCGUUCACGAGAAGUAUUAUUGGAACUCCCAUGGGAUUUCUGAUGUUUUGCUCUUCUUCCUGUUAGAAGAACUGUUAUCAGUUCAAUUUUGAAAACAGUAACAAAAGCACAUUAAAACUGUGGAGUUUAAACUCAAUCAUUUCCAGACCUUCUGCAGCUGAGCAAAAUUAGUGGUUAUGAAUUGAUGGUUUGAGUUUCUUAUACGUACACAAGAACAAAGGUGUCUAAGAAUGAUACUGUCACAGAGGCUUUUCCCUUUGGAGGAAAAAAAAAAAGUGGGUGUGUGUGGCAGAGGUGAAGGGGAGGCAGCUGGUUGAAAAGAUCAGAAGAAAAGGCUUGUUUCAGCUUAUCAGGGCAGGACUCCUCUUUGUGUCCGAGUCAGAUACGUCUUCCUUACUUGUAGCAGAGCCUGAAAAUGAAAUGUUAUUAUAUGCAAUAACAGUUAAGCUCUACUUAAGUGUUUUAUUGUCUCUUGAAGCUUUUUUGAAGCUCCUGUUCUGCGUGCCAGGUGAAUAAUUUGAGGUGUAUCAUCAGGGCAACAUCUGGCAGCAUCAACUUGUCCUUUGAGACCAGUUAGAAUGCUCAGUGUACCUACAGUUCUGGACUGCACAGUUAAAAUCUGUGUGGCAUACAUACAUUUUGAAUGCUGAAGAAGAAGCUGUGAAACUUUUAUAGUAAUUUUACCUAACUGGUGAUCUAAGACAGUUGUUGGAUUUGGAUCCUUUAAUGAGGGGAAGUCAUGCUAAUGAUAAAAGUAGAAGUGUUUUGAGUCCUGUACUGAGUGAAUAGAAUGUAAAAUGUUCAAGCUAGAGAGCAGAGCUUUAAAUUAGACACUUUUUAGAUGUCAAAGUAAUUAAUACAAUAGUACAAAUUAGUACCAAGUAAUUAGUCCCGGUAUGAUGAGUGUACUAAGUCUGCUUUGGGAAUUGUGAAGCUGUCCCGUGACAAGAACCAUGCGGUGUGAACUUCGGAAUAGAGUAAAAUUGCUGUUCAGUGUAAGCAAGUUUCUUGCAACUAUGUUUCCUGAGCAGAGACUUUUCGACCUUUGUUGCUUAUUUGCAGGUGAUAGCAAUCCUUGAGUCUUUCACUAUUACAAAGGAAGUAUAACUUUAUAUAUGUUAGUUUUCAUACUAAGUUGAGAAGUGUUACCUCUGAGUAUGCUUUGUGCAUCUCUUGGCCUCUUUUUGACUUGGACUUAAGAACGGCAGAAUUUUUCACUGGUCUAAAAAAAAAAAAAACCAAAAAACAUUGCACAAAGCUGAGAAAGUAAAAUUUAUCUGCUAAACACAAGUAUACUAUUAUUGGGUCAAGUACUGAACAAACGAAAGCUGAAGAUGGUUUGUUUGAAAACUGUUCAGUUGCAGCGAGGCAAGAAAAGCUUGUAUUUAGUGUCCACAAGAGGGCUCUGACAGCUCAGAGGUGCCUGCUGAGGGUCCCUGGCUGAGUCGCUUCACUAAAAUGGCAGGCUGCAGUAACUGAACUCUUGCUGUCAUCGAGGAUGGUUAGAUCUUUUGAAUUCCCUUAUCUUAAUAGUGCAACAAUCGCUUGAGAUAAUAAUUGCUAUUACCGGGAAAAUCCUCCAAUAAGUAAUCAUAGAAUCAUAGAAUGGCCUGGGUUGAAAAGAACCUCAAAAAUCAUCUAGUUUCAGCCUCCCCCCCCCCCCCCCCCCCCCCCAACUAUGUGCAGGCUUGCCAACCACCAGACCAGGCUGCCCAGAGCCACAUCCAGCCUGGCGUUGAACGCCUCCAGGGAUGGGGCAUCCACAACCUCCCUGGGCAACCUGUUCCAGUGUGUCAUCACUCUCUGAGUGAAAAACUCCCAAUAUCUAACCUAAACCUCCUCUGUCUCAGUUUAGAACUAUUCCCCUUGUCCUAUCACUAUCCACCCUUGUAAAGAGCAGUUCCCCCUGCUGUUUAUACACUUGAAGUAUUGGAAGUCCACUAUGAGGUAUCCCCAGAGCCUUCUCUUCUCCAAGCUAAACAAUCCCAGUUCCCUCAUGCCUUUCCACAUAUGAGAGGUGCUCCAGCCUUCUGAUCAUCUUAGUGGCCUUCUUCUAUAAGUCUGUUGUGUGUUUUGUUUUUUGUUUUUUGUUUUUAAUUAAGAAUGUACAUUUUGAGAAAUGUCACAUCUGUUGGAAAAACAUCACCAGAAUGUUAAUAAACAUCACUGGCCAUAUCAUCUGCUCCAUGGAACAAGACAGAUACUACCAAGCAUGUCAUCGCAUGUGGAUUUCAACUGUAUUAAAAGUUUCCCCAAGUAAAGCAUUUUGAAUUGAAGCAUUUUGCACACAACAGCAUAUUUGUGAAGUAGACAGAAUUGUUAUGAUGUACCUUAAGUAUAAGUUUAUUUUAGCAGUAUAAACAUGGUACUGUAGUGUUUCAAUAAAGAUUUGUGGUUUUCAUUACAAAUCGUUUAGCCUUUUUUUUUCUUUUCAAGAAAUGUGUAUAGUUGACAACUGAAGUUGUUCUGGAGAGUCUUCAGUUAUUAUCAAUGUGAUUUUUAUAUUGGGUAUGGCAUAAAUAAGUUCUUCUGUACAAAUAUUGAGAGUCAUUCUCAACUGUAUGUGGAAAUGUUGAGACUAAUUUCUAGCUAUAAAUUUUAUAUAUAAAGCGCUAUAAAGUGACAUCAGAAAGAAGAAAGUGAGGUUUAAGUGAGAAGAUAAACUGAAAUUAACAGUUAAGAUCAGUGUAUCCUUACAAAAAGAUGUUUAUAGUCCUACUAUUAUAUGAAGAAUUGUGCAGAAUAAAGUCACCCUCCUCUCACUUGCUUACAUUUUUUUUUGUAUGGGUUUCAGUGCUGCAGUGUUCCAUGCUCAUCCUCUGAAGUUUGUAGUAGCUUAACUCCCUUGCUUUGUUUUAAUUUGUUUCCUCCUCUGACAUGUGAAAUUGUACAGCAGCUACUUAAUUGCAAGAUGAAAGAAAAAAAAACUUGUAUUGAAAAGAUGUGAGAUUUAAUUGUAGCACUGGCUUGUCUCAUACAGAGACCUGUUUUAUGCAGUUUCUUUUAAUUUAAAAAAAAAAAAAAAAGUAUUUGCAUCCUAUGAACAGAAGCCUGGGGAAAAGCUCAGACUUCAAAUAAUCUCUUUUUGUUAAUGGGGCACUGUAGAGUACAGUAGAGUAGAUAUGUGGGAAUCAUCCUUAUGCUCUCUCCCCCAGCAGUAGACUUCUCUUUGUCUACAGAUUUGUUUUGAUGCUAGUAGAGGGAGUCAUGAAGAGACAGAGGUGCAGCUGGUUUCUAUCACUGUGCUUCAGUUUGAGGCACUUAACUGAAGAAAGUUGAUCUGCAUUCUUUUGUAGUUCUGUGCUAGGCUAUGGUGGUGAAUUCACUAUGAUAAAUGAUUUAAGGUCCGCGUGCUGGGGAGGGAGGAAAAUAAAAUUAAGGACUUUUCCUAGAACUGUAUCCGCUUUUAAAUGCUGGCAUACAAGAGACAUUUUUUCUAGCUUGUGUUUCUCGCCCCUUAAAAGACUAGAUACAAACAAGUAAGUUGCUUCACAGAGCUGGCAUUUCUAGAGGCAGAGAGACUAGAGUAGAUGAAAGUAUAACUGACUCAGACUGAGUCUCACAGACAAAAAUAGCAAAAUGGUGUUUGUAGUGUGAAUGGGAGCAAGGAGAGCCAAAUGUAAUUCAUUGUGAUAAAAGUAGAAUGCUUGUGGAAUGUUGUAUUUCAACAGUUGUCUUUGCUGUUUUAUCCUGUGGACUCCAGAGAAUAUUUUUAAAGCUAACUUCUGGUAUUUUACUUGGAAAAAUACAAGGUGUGUGGACAGGAGAAGAGAAAAAAAUCUAACAUGCUGGAAUUGGACCGAGGAUAUUUGGCUUCAGGUCCUGUGGAAUCUGCAACAGGUCUUGUCUUCCCGCUGGCUUAUCUCCUACUGACUUCAACUGAGGCACUGCUGUUAGCUAGUAGAAGUUAAUACUGCAUGCCCCUAAAAAUAACCUUCCAUUUUGGUUUUGUUUCCUCCACAUUUUCAAGCAGAGGUCAACAUAUCCCCUUCCUCAUCUGCUUUCUUGCGUGGUUAUGUUGUUGCUUCUCCAGAGCAUGUAGGCUUCUAGGUACUCAGACUCCUUAGCAUACUAGGCAUCUGGCUACAGUUGGCCUCUGGUUACAACUGUAAUACAGUCAUCAAACUUUUUUUGGUCUGCAGAGAGUUAAAAGCAUAAAUUAAUAGUUGUAUAAAAAUUGCGACUUAAGAAAUAUAAAAAUAACAGAUUGGCUGAGUUUGAAAGGGAUGUCUGGAGUCAGCUAGUCAGUCCCAGUGCAGGGUGCCCAGGUGGCUUCUGAACAUCUCCAAGGAAGAGACUCCAUGGUUUCUUUUGGCAGCCUAUCCAGUGCUCAGAAAAGUUUCCUGAUGUUCAGACAGAAGCUCCUAUGUUAGCAGCCCAGCACAGGGCACUACUGAGAAGAGGAAGAGCCUGGCUCCAUCCUUUCUUUAUCUUUCCUUCAGGUAUUUAUACACAUUCAUAAAAUCCCCCCGAGUCUCCUAUAUGCAGUUCUUUAGGUGAGGCUGCAUCAAUACAAAGUAUAGCAGGGGAAUGUCCACUUAACUGGCUGGCUGUGCUGUGUUGAAUGCACACCAAAAUGCAGUUUGCCCUCUUGGCUGACAGGGCACACUGCUGGCUCAUAUCAGUUAAUUAAAUUUUCUUAAAAGAAGAACAUGAAGUUCUACAGGUAAGAAAUGAUUUUCAGUUUCAAAGUACUGGCUUUCAUUUGUGUGACAUUUUUGUGAGAUCACCUUUUUCAUGAUUUGGAGAAUUCCGUGCAGCUCUCCAUGCUUCCUAAGUGCAGCACUCCAAACUAUACAGGUUUAAGCAACCCUACAGUUUUGCUCAUAUGCAAUAACCUCUGGCUACAUCCACUUCUACCUUCCUCCCACUGUCUGAUCUCAUCUGAAAAGAUGUGAGAUGAGCAAGCUUCUCUAUUUCUAUUUUCAAGUGAAGAAGCAAUAUUUUUUUUUCCUUUUCUCAAAAAUAUUUUUAAAUUCUCCAGUUUACAGCCUCCUGUUUCCAUGUUAACAUCUUUCCCUAGCUUAAAUAGGUCAACAAGGACUGUAAAGAUACUGGGGGGAAGGAAGUAGGAAAAAAACCCUGCAUGUAUGCUUCAAAAUAUAUUGCAAACAAAGCAGAAGAAAGUAGUGAAAAAUUCUCAAUGAAAUGGGUAUAUCCUUAACUCUAAACUGGAGAGGGAUGGAUUUGAAGGGUGGACAAGGAGUUGGCUGAAUGACUGCAGACAGAGGGUUGUGGUUAGCAGCUCUGUGUCCAGGUUGAGAUCUGUGACAAGUCGUGUGCCCCAGGGGGCUGUCUUGGGGCUUGAGGGGGUUUGAGGCUUGAGGAAUUCGGUGCACCUUCAGCAAAUUUGCAGACAACACCAAGCUGAGUGCUGCAGUUGAUAUGACAGGAGGCAAUAAAGGGGCUGAAUUAAAAGAGGAACUUAGAUUAGAUGUUAGGAUGAAGUUCUUUACUCAGAGUGGUGAGACAGUGGUACAGGUUGCACAGAGAAGUUGUGGAGGCUCCAUCCCUGGAGAUCUUGAACACCAGGUUGGAUGGAGCCCUGGGCAGCUGGACCUAGCAAACCUGCCCAUGGAAGUAGUUGGGACUAGGUAGGCUUUAAGGUCUUUUCCAGCCCAAGCCAUUCUAUGGUACUCAAUCUUGAAUUCAGGGAGAAAAAAAUGUAGACAUCUUAGAAACUUUAUUUCCUGCUUAGCUGGUAACCUUGUUGAUGCCUAAAUGUUACAGCUUUUAGGGAAAACAAUCACUGCUGGGAGUGGGGGGCACAGAGAUCCCAUAGUUUCAGCAUUCACAGCCUACUGAUGACCACAAGAGAAUAAGUGCUUGGGGUUCUUCUCCUGAGGAUUUUGAUGUUCUGUUCAGUAAUUCCUGUGUUACAGGAAUUGUGUGAGGAAGAACUUGUGGUAUGUAGCUGCUGACCUGCUGACUCCAGAUAAGUAUGCUUAGCAAGCAUUUUUAGUUAUAUUAUUACCCUUCAGCAUUAAACACUCUCAAGGCAUUGCAAAGGCAUCUGAUCCUCCAUCACAAGGUCCCACUUCCUUCUACAAGUGGUCUGUCUGCCCAGGAUGUGGGGACUAUCUAUACAGAAGGUAAACGUCAAAAUGUGUAGUAGGGAGAAUGUGAAAUGCCAAGACUGUAUGAUCUCUGUAUGAAUCCAGAACCAAUUAGCUUGUCUAAUUGAUGGGAACCUUGCUACCUUCUUCUGCUGUUCCUGAAGAUUUGUUGCUUUAGAGCUUUUUAUGACACUUCGUUCCUCACCCACUCAAGAAGAGUUCUAUAGCAACUGCUACCAUCGCCUGCUGAAGCUUUCUAUCAAGCCAUGUGCAACAACUUCUCAUAACUAAAAAAAAAGAAACAACAAACCCUGAGAAGUCCAAGUGUCAAAACCUGUUAUGUUAAAGACAAGACAUAUGUCAGUGGUACACUGCACACCAAUGUUACUAUUCCAAUAAAUGCUAUUCCUCCCACCAUAGGACUGCCAAAUGACUCAUUAUGAAUAACAACUUGACAUUGCUGUACCCAAGCAAGCAAAAAGGGAAACAUCUUAAUAUCUUGUAGUACUUGUUUGUCAUCGUUUAUGAGUGUGGUAAAGGGUGUGUUAUGCUAAUAACAGAGAGCAGUUACCCUGCAGCAUUAUAAGUGCUUUUCUGCUGCAGUUCUUCCUGUGGUGGGUUGUCAGUCCCGUGGAGUAAACCCUGCCAACACAUGUGCGUGUCAGUAGCACUAUUUGGUGCUUCCCACCCAGUCCAUUGGGUAUUCUGCGCAUCACAGGAAAUGUCUGAAAAUGCUGCAUGUUCACUGACAGCCACUUGUGGUUUGGUUUAGAGGCUGAGCAAAUGGCUUCUAAAUAUAUGUUCCUUUCUUCCAAUGAAAGAGGGUUAAGCUUCUGUUCUGUCAUUUUCAGAGGCUUCCCCACCCUUUCGCUCUAAUUUUAGUUGUUCUGACCUCUCCGUUGUUAUUUAGGUGUGGUGUGUGUGCAGUUUUAUAUUGUUUAGAUAAUGCACUGAAUGUUCAUUUACUUAAUGCCUGCUGUUUGCCUGUGUGUAUUUCUAACUAAGAAUGUACAAAGCUGCUGGAAGUAGUAAAAUCAGAGCCAUGCAAGCUGCCAUGUGGGGAAAUACAGAAGGGGAACUUAAUGCAAGUGAUUUUUAAAAAUAACAAUGCACUGCCCACCGCCAGCAAGCUCUCUGCAAGGGGCUGUUUUCAUUUUGGACUUAAAACAUCUAGUUGUACAAAGUCUUAGGGAAUGUUUUUGUUACAAAUUAAUCACUGCCAGUAAGGACUGUUUAAGUACCUAAAUGUCUGAGCCAGUUUUCCCAAUGAAAAUUUGUAAGAUAAGAUUUUCUAUUCUUUAUCAUCUACCUCUUCUACAUGCAUGUUUGUGGAGUUCAACUUCUCUGGAAUGUGUGCGGUUUCUCUCACUAUUCCAAAGAUUAAGAGAUAACCAACUCUGAGUUUACUGUGAGGCACAAGCAGUUGCAUAGGUGUAGGUGCUAUUUUGUGCUGUUGAUAUGAACUUCAAGUAAGUCAAAACCAUGCUAGGGAGUAAAUCAGAUUUCCCAAGUUGGGUGACUACCUUGUCCACAAACAUAGGAGGUAUACAGUGUCCAGUUCCCCUCUCAGUGACAAUUUAAAUAGAUCAUAGUGGCACACUUUGGGGUAAUUAAGGUCCCACCUCAGGUGUUCGGUGUCUCAAGGCCAGAACUAUACUAACUAACUGUAAAAAUGCAUGUGUCUUACCAUUAAAUAAUUCUCACAAAUUCCCAUUAUCCUUUUCCACUGUGAGUGAGAGGUGUCAAGUCCUCAUGGAAGCAAUUAGGUACUGAGCUAUUCCAGGUGAAGCUGCAUUAGCACCAUCUUGAAUCCAAGCUGUGGACAGAAGCCAGUCCUCAGAGGCCACCCUUGCAGAUGUGGCCAGGAGACAUCAGUGGUGUGUGCCAGCCUGCACUGAGAGAUGGCAUCACUGGACAGCCCUUGUCCUCUGCUUCUCACUGAGUCCCAGAGCAUGCUCUGUUUUCACUUCUGGAUGAUGUGUCCUGAGGCUCUUGGCCUUAGGACUGUUAUAUAUGGCUGAGACUUCUAUCAGAAGCGUCCGGUUUUUCUGCUCGCUAUGCAGAUGAGAGCAGCAGCUUGCAGCGGCAGAAGGCAGCAACACAACCUCUCACAAAGAACAUUUUUGUGCCUUGAGAAAUACAGAAAAGCUCCACACACUUACUGUUUGUUUACAUUGUAUUAUUGCUCAAAUACGACUGUUCGUUCUUCCCUCCCUGGGGCCAUUUCCACGCGAUGAGAACUUUCUCUUGCUGCAGGUGAGCACCAGGCGUCCGUGGCUCCGGCCUCUGGCUGCCAGGAGAGCCCGCUCCGCACCUGCCUGCUCACUGCCUCUGCUGUUCUUUUUCUUUCUUAGCUGAUCUUUCCACAAUAACUAGGACGUAUAUUGUCGACUUCUCGCUUGGACUGGUUGUAGAAGAACCGCCUAAUUCAAACAACGGUUUUGGCUUGCUGGGUUUUGUUUUGCUUUCCAACUUUCGGUUUGAACUCCCCAUGCGCCCAAACAAACAACUGCAGAGCCCUGGGGCAGUUUCCUUCACGUACAGCUGGUGGGAAGCUGCCAUGCUGCUGUUGUCCGUGGGUCGGUGUGGAUUUCUGCACCUACCUGCACGUCUGGGGAACAUUCAUGUUUGUGUCACGAAUCUAACAGUGCUGGGUGCUUCGCAGAGCUUUAAGUCCCCAAAUAGGAUUCUGUGAGAAAUUCGGCUUUUUUUUUCUUUCACAAUUGCCGACGCUCAGCUCACUUGUGCCCCCAGACCCAUCCAGUCCCUUCCAGAGCUGUCAGCCCGGGGCCCGGCCCCUCCGUCCGCUCCGCACCGCCGCGUUGCAUAACGCCUCCCGCCGGGCCGGGCGGCGACGCAGCGGGGAGGGCCGAGGGCGGGCACUCCACGCAGCCCUGAGUGGCGGGGCCGGUGCCGGGCGGCCCGCCGAGGGUGAGCGAGCGAAGGAGAGCGAAGCGGGAGCAGCGGAGAGAGAAGCGCCGCGGCCCCGGAGGGACGUUCGGCGGCGGGUGCCGCGGCGCCAAGCAAAGUAGCCCUUGUUGCCUGAUGAAAGAGCUGAAGGUGCUUUAAAAACAUUCUUGUCUGGCUAAAGAACAUGCCACGGAAAUGCUGUCUCCUAACACAAAAGAAACAGUAGAAGGUCUGAGGGUUUCUUUGAAUGCAAUGACUCAGCAGCUACAGGAUGAAUUUGACAGCAGCGUGGAGAAUGCAGAAGCUUGGAUGAAGGCCAUCCAAGAGAGACUGAGCAUCAAUGACAACACCAAGGGACCACGAUCUGCCCUAGAAGCCAGGCUGAGAGAGACAGAGAAAAUACGUGAUCUGGAACCAGAAGGCACAUUGAAAAUGGACUUGAUUCUUGCAAAGGCAGAUGCUGCUCUUCACUGUAUCAGUGAGGAUAAGAAACACGAAGUACUGUCUAAGCUGAGACACAUUAAAGCCUUGUGGGAAGAGACAGCCAUUUACAUUACUCACUGUCACAGCCGUAUUGAGUGGGUCUGGCUGCACUGGAGUGAGUACCUGAAAGCUCAAGAUGAGUUUUACAUAUGGAUUCACAACAUGAGGGUGACCUUGGAGCCUGACAUUGAGUUGCAGUUUGGCUUAAAGGAGAAGCAGUGGCAGCUGAGCCAUGCUCAGCUUCUGUUGAAUGAUGUCUUAAAUCAGUCGGUCCUUCUGGAAACACUGCUAGAGGAGGCUUCUUCCUUGUUCAACAGGAUAGGUGACCCCAGCGUUGAUGAGGAGGCUCAGAAGAAAAUGAAGGCAGAAUAUGAAAGCAUCAGGGAAGAAGCCCAGAGCAGAGUGAAAUUGCUUGAAAAGAUAACUGAAGAGCACAAGAAAUACAGCACUAACAUCAACCAGUUUCAAUCGUGGCUGAAUGGUGUGACGGAAAGAUUAAACUGCUGCAUUGGAGAAACAACCAAGUCUUCAGUGGAGGACAGACUAAAGGCACUGAAGGAAAUUGCCAAGAAUAUUAGGAGCGGUGCAAAGAAAUUGAAGCACCUUGAAAAUCAAUGUGCAGAUGUGAUUCAAAAUACCUGCCCACUGGGAGCUGAGAGAUUGAAGGAUGAACUCUAUGAGCUGAGAAAAGCCUUGGAGAAGUUGAAACUGCUGAGCAAUGAGGAGGAACAGAGAUUGCUCAAGAUUCAGCAGUCAGAAAGUGCCUACAAGUCCCAAGCCAGACAAUUAGAAGCAGAUAUCCAGGAAUUCAGAAAAGGUCUACAAAAACUAGAAAAUGAUUUGGACCCUGGAGAAAGGGAAAAGACUGAAGAUGAGUUUGUAGCUCAGUGGAGAAAAUGCAAUGCAACAAGAGCAGUUCUGGCUGCAGAAGAGUCGAAGGUUGAGAGGCUGAAGGCUCAGCUAAAGGAACUGCUGCGGUUUUCCCAGGAUGUGCAGCCACACGCUGACAGCGUCAUCUCUGCAAUACGGGAAUAUCAAAGUGUUAAAGGAAAGACGUCUAAAAUGAGCACUGAUACAGAAACUCAACUAAGCAGACUUUUCCAAAAUCCCCUGCAAAGUUUUGAACAAUGGAAGCUAACUGUCCAGAUGCUCCUGGAGACUCCAGAGCCAGCGUUGGAUCAGAUUGAGGCUGCUCUAGCUGAAAGUUCACAGUUCAAAGAGAAGCUGAUGACAUUACAGCUGAAGAAAGAUUUGCUGAACAAUAUCCUUGGAGAGGAAAAAGCAAAAUCCUUCCUGGAGGAAGUAGCUGAAGCUUCAAAGGAGAGAGAAAUUCUACACAAAGGUCUACUGCAAAGAAAAAGCAAACUCCAGAAUUUGAUACUGCAGCAUAAGGAUUUUGAUGCUGCUUUUGCACCUUUGCAGAAGAAAUUGUUUGCCAUCAAAUCCAAAUUAGACUUGGAGAAUGAACCACAGCCUAACCUUUUGGGUAAAAAGACACAACUCCAGAGAUUCCAGAUGAUCCAAGAUGACUUGGCAGAGCUUGCAAUUCAAAUGGAAGAGGUAGAGAAGCUUGUUCAGUCAAAUGCAACACAUAGACAUGAAAUGAACCAACUUCUGUCUGACAUUCAGGCCCUGAAGAGAUCACUGGAGAUUAUGAUACAGCAGUCUGAAGAGCACGUUCAGAAGCACUGGGCAUUUAAUGACAAACUGUCUGACCUCCAGCAGUGGAUCACUGCAACCACUGAGAAGAUUGGCUGCUACCAGGGUGUUGAUGUGAAGCAGAGCAAUGAGAGCAGGGUGGCAGACCUUGAGAGAUGGCUAGCUGAGUUUCCAGAUAAGGAGAUCCAGCUGCACCUUGUGGAAGCUCAUGGCCAGCUGGUCAUGGAGAAUUCUUCCCCAGAGGAGACUGCCCAUGUUCAGGCAGAGCUGGAUCAGCUGAAGGAGUCUUGGAGAUCACUGAAAGAAAUGGCAACUGGUCUUCUCAAAAGGUGGCAGUUAAACAGACCAAUGGCUGAUAAGAAAAAAAUAGCAUUUGAAGAUAGCAGACGCAUGUCUGGACCAGUCUUCCAUUGUUUAGAUCUCAACCAUAAGCAGGAGAAGACAGCAGAAGGGCAAAGGACAAGCAACCACAUUAAGCUCCUGCUUGACUUUGAAGAGUGGUUACAAGGAGAAAACACCAAACUCUCCAAAAUUCUUGCUGUGAAUUUGUCUUCCAUAGAGGAAAUCAAGACACGCCACAAAGAAUUGGAGGAGCUGCAGGCUCGUGUGCCUGAUGGUCAGCGUCGCUUUGAAGACCUUCUUCGUUUUCAUCCUGUCAUUGGAAAUUCUGAAGAUCUGGAAGACCUGCGUUACCGCUGGAUGCUUUACAAAUCUAAACUGAAAGAAUCCAUGAGUUCGCCGAUUACUGGAUCUUCAGAAAAACCAGACAGAUUUAGAAAGAGGCGCUCUGGAGGCAUGUGCUCCUUCUUGCAUCGAGUAUGCUGGGCAUCGCUACCGUUGCAACUGCUCCUCUUGUUCCUCCUGCUCCUGGCCUUCCUCCUGCCCCUGGCAGAGAAGACGCACAGCUGCACACUGGCCAACAACUUUGCCCGGUCCUUCAACCUGAUGCUGAGAUACGAGGGCCCACCUCCAACCUAACUGCUUGUCACGGCAAGAGAUGACAGAAGACGGGCACUCUGACAAACUGACAUCUGACAUGGAAGCACGGAUGAAGCAAAAUCUUGUCACUGAAUUCCUCCAUGUGGAAAAAAUUGGUACCCGCUGACAUCCAUUGAUUCUUGGAGGAUGUCCUGGGAGACCAAGUGGUGAAUGUGUGCACAGUGAGGCAGUGGGUGGUGCAUUUCAGCAGUGGUGACAGCAACAGUGGGUCACCUCCACUGAUGUAGGUUUUUACCAGCGCAGCACGCAGGCUCUUAUUCAUUGCUGGCAAAAAUACAUAGCUAAUGGUGGUGACUAUGUUGAAAAAUAGCAUUUUGUAGCUGAAAAUUUGCUCCAUCACAUACUGUUAUUGUGCCUUUUGCAUCUGUGAUCGUUUCCAUGGAAAGAAAUAGGAGGCAUUACUUUUGGAGCAACCUUCGUACAUGUAAUGGGGUGUGUAAUUAUUGUUCUACUUAAAGAAAGAUGACAUUCCACUUCAAUGUAACUUUCAAGUGCAGCUUUUAGAAGAAAUUAUGUCUUAAAAGGAAGCUGAGAAUGUUUAGAGGUACGUGUUUAAUGAGCUUUAACUUUGAGUCAGGGCUUUGGCCUCUGAGGUUGAAAAGCAUCCAGGAUUAUUUCCCAUUACCUUCCUAGAUCAGAUCCUGUAAGAGCUUAACCUGAGAAGCACAGGCUGAGCACCAGCUAUUUCUGAAGGUAUUUGGGUGCUGCAUGUUUUCAGCAUGUGUCCAUUCUCAAACAGCAGUUUCUGCUCCGUACAUUUGGUUGACUGGAAGUCAGCAAUGCUUCUUUGAAACCCUCAUUGGUUUUGUCUCAGUGAAUGCAUUGCUCUUGAUCACUGUCAUUAUUUCCAUUUUUUCCUUCUAAUUUGUGUUAACCCAGUUUAUCACUGAUUCCAGGAGAGUGUCCUCCACCUGCCCAGCCUCCAGGCUGCCCUCUUACCUUUUUCUCAUCUCUUGCAGCAUGCUGGACCACUGUGAAACAACUUUAUGAGAAAUACCACUGGUGUCGCAUUCUUCUGUCAUUGUCUGUUGUAAUACGUAACGCUGCACUGAUGUUAAAUGUAGCAGGAGACCCUGAAAUUGCAUUAUUGUUUGCUAGCAAUGUAACUGACUUGCAGUGCUUCUGCAGAGGACUUGUCCUCACUUCUCAAAACAGCUGGCUGUCUCGGGCCCAAGUUAAUGAACAAGGCUGGAUUAUAAACUGCCUUGGGUCCCCUCACCAGCACGCCAUCAAUCUUACUUCCACCUAUUUUUGUGCUUUUGUUUAGUUUUAAGCAAGAAGAAAAUGUAAAGAAAUGUGCUGACUCCCUUCUAGGAUGCAUAGAUAUCCCAUAUGGUUCACAAAAAGAAUAGAAGGAAUCUACUCCUGUUUUGAACAAAAUCAAUAAGAGCUUCUAAAUAAUGUAUUUAAAAGUUGUCAAGAACAAACCAAGGCAAAGUUUUCUAUAAUCAAUCCACUCUCUACUUUUAAUAUGAAAGUUAGCAAAUAUCAAGGUAUUCUUUUAUAAGUUGCAUUGAAUGAAAAUGAGAACUCUCCAGAAUUAGAGGUUUAUUGAUAUGGAUCUCAGUUCCACCUGUGUGCCCCAUGUUAGAUCACCUGCUUCUGGGCACCAAGUAAACCUAGGGCUGUUCACAACAGGAGCAUACAUUGUGAGCAGUUUUAAUUCUUUAGAGCUCCUCUGAGGGGCCAGGGCUGGCAGUGGGGAGGAGCAGAACCCCAUACCCUCUGCAUGUUGAAAUCCUGCCUUGAGCUCAGCGCCCCCCCUCCAUCAGCCCAGCUUCUCCUGAGUGCUAAUACUUAAGUAGAACAGAAAUGUUAGGAGCAAUUACAGUGUGAACAUCUCUUCUUGUUUAUGUAUAGUAGCUGAUAGGAGAGUCUGUAAUAAUAAUCAGUGUUUAUACGUGUGCUGUUCAUUGUGACCACUGGGUACAAAAUACUUUUCAAGUGUCACAAUAACUGGAUUGAUGUCACUUUUUGCUUGUAUGAGUAAUUAUUUGCAUUAUAGGGACCAGUGCCGCUUUUGUCAUGUUAUUUAUGAUUUUAAAAUACGUUUGUGAUAAAUUAGGCUCAUUCCUAAGGUAAACAAUACCAGAGCCAAGCAGCUGCCUCUGUACAUGUGCAUGUUAUCACAGCUGAUAUCAAGUCCAAGGCAGACUUCUUGUCUUGCCCAGACCUUUCCUUAACCUUUCUGGCUUAUUCAGGGAAAUGUGGACCAGUCUAUUUUCUUAUAAAAGUGGCUUUUUGAAAAGAUAAACUUAUUUUUUAAAACCUUUCUUUGUAUGACUAUUGAUUCAGAAGGACUGUAACACUCAUAUUUUUCUAAACUGCCUAUUGCCUGUUGGAAAAUAAUAUAUAAAUAUAUAUUUUAUUCUACAGAUUUCCAUGUAGUUUUGAAGAUCUUUGUUUUCGUAUAUGUCCUCCUGUUUGCUAGAAUUAUCUCCAGGAGCUGUAAGCUUCUGUACAAUGUCUGUAUAAAAUCAUGUAAAAAUAGAAGUGCAUAGAAAGACUGACUUUAUUUUUCAUUUAAAUUGCUGAAGUUAAGUUGUCCUUAGUGUUAUUUUACACAAGAUGUGCGGAAAGAAAUCAGGUCAUUUUUUUGCAAGUCUGGGCUGUGUUAUGUAGCACUUACUAAAAAGUCUUGACUGAAAAUCAAGAGAGUUUAUGCUGGAAAUGGUGCCAGCUUGGGGCCUGAUUCUGGAAUUUAUUCACACUGUUUAGGAACUUAUUUCACACAGUCCCGUGAAAUUUCACAGGACAGAUUACAAAUAAGAGCCUCUGAUAGAUGAAUAGCAGUGCCAGACUCGGGCUCUUUUGUAAUAAAGAAUGAGACUUUUUAGCUGGGGAAGAAGUUAUAUUCUCAGUGCCUCAGGACAGCAUUUUCAUUCCCUUUUGCACUGCGAACCUGCUCCUUCUGCAGUUGAAAUAGUGGAUUAAGCACCCAGUGCAAUAGAUAUCUGCAGUGCAAUCUUGUGGAAAAUGGCCUGAUUUCGUUCUUCAGAGCAGCAGUGGGGGCACCUGUGUAGUGGAGACCCACAGUGUGUGCUGUGGUCAUGGUGGAGCAUGGCAGGAAUUCUACUGUCUGCCUGCAAAAUUACUGCUUGUUCAUCAGCAUUGCCAAAAGUGUAUUUUCUCAAGUAAAAAAAUCUGAUUCCGUAUGACUUUUCCAGGAGUAAAGGGCAGUGGGUUGUUCUGUGAUCAGGCCACAUUGUUCUGAAAGUUUAUCCUUUAAUGACAAAUGAAAUAUGAUGUGGCUUUGCUGUUGGCAAGCAGGAUAAAGAGACUGGAAGUUCCUAACCCUUAGCCCCAGCCUUGUGACUGUGCUGAUGCUUCACUCUUACCAAUGAACUGUGUUGCCUCAAGCUAUAAAGUCAGAGUAUUUCACUGCAUGUACCCUUUUCUGUAAUGAAAAAAAUAUGUAUUUGGUGUUGCAGUUAUAAUGCAGUAAAUAAACACAUAAGUAUUUCUUUUUAAAGACUUUUAAAUUGUUCUGG